AUGGCCGGGGCGCGCGGGCUGCUCCAUCUGUGGCUGAGCUGCUUGUGUGUGAGCCUGGCGCAGGGACAGAGACUCAGGCAGCCCUUCCCGGAGCUCCGCGUGGCUGUGCGGGCCGACCGCGCGGCAGGUGGCGGCCCCGAAUCCCCGCUGCAGCCCCUCGACCAGCUGUCGGAGCACAUGCUGCGGCUCUACGACAGGUACAGCGGCGGCCGAGCCGAGGAGGCGCGGACACCCGGGAACUCGGAGCGGGGCUCGCCGUCUUUGCGCCCCCAGCCGCUGCGCGAGGGCAACACGGUUCGCAGCUUUCGAGCCGGAGCCGCAGGAAUGCUUGAAAACAAGGAACUGCAUAUUUUUAACCUGACUUCUCUAACAAAGUCAGAAAACAUUUUAUCAGCCACACUGUAUUUCUAUAUCAGAGAGCUGAUAAAUAUAAGCCUAAGUUGUCCUGUGUCCCAGGAAUGCUCACAUCAUAGCCAGAGGAAACACAUUCAGAUUGACCUCUCUGCGUGGAUCCUCAAAUCCAGUGGAAACCAAAGUCAACUCCUGGGUCAUCUUUCGGUAGAUGGAGGGAAACCUCAUGGAGACUUUGUGUCCUGGCUGUCAAAAGACAUCACCCAACUUUUGAGGAAAGCCAAGGAAAAUGAGGAGUUUCUCAUAGGAUUUAACAUUACUACCAAAGGACACCAGCUGCCAAAGAAGAUGACACCCAGUCCCGAGCCUUAUAUCUUGGUGUAUGCCAAUGAUGCCGCCAUUUCUGAGCCGGAGAGUGUGGUGUCAAGCUUACAAGGACACCGGAAUUUCCCCACUGGAGCUGUGCCCAAACUGGACAGCCACAGUAGGGCUGCCCUUCCUAUGGAACGGAGGAGGAGGAAGCGCUCUACGGGGGUCCUUCUGCCUCUGCAGAACAAUGAGCUUCCUGGGGCAGAAUAUCAGUACAAGGAGGAUAGAGUAUGGGAGGAGAGGAAGCCUUACAAGACUCUUCAGACUCAGCCCCCUGACAAGAGUAAGAGCAAAAAGAAACAGAGGAAGGGGCCUCAACAGAAGAGCCAGACGCUCCAGUUUGAUGAACAGACCCUGAAGAAGGCAAGAAGAAAGCAAUGGAUUGAACCCCGGAAUUGUGCCAGACGGUACCUUAGAGUGGACUUCGCAGAUAUUGGCUGGAGCGAAUGGAUUAUCUCCCCCAAGUCCUUCGAUGCCUAUUACUGCUCCGGAGCAUGCCAGUUCCCCAUGCCAAAGUCUUUGAAGCCAUCCAAUCAUGCUACCAUCCAGAGUAUAGUGAGAGCCGUGGGGGUCGUUCCUGGAAUUCCUGAGCCUUGCUGUGUGCCCGAAAAGAUGUCCUCACUCAGCAUCCUGUUCUUUGAUGAAAAUAAGAAUGUGGUACUUAAAGUAUAUCCAAACAUGACAGUAGAGUCUUGUGCUUGCAGAUAA